CUUGAAGCAGGUAUGUGUACUUGCUGUCGGACUAAAACCACACAGCGAAAAGAAAAACAACAUGAUACUUGGUGGUGUCCGUCGUGUAUUCACGUAAGGUGCGAGAGACCAACAAAACGAUGACGUUUCUUUGGAUUUGUAUUUAUCUGUAAUUUGGCCGAGCUUGUAGAGCGCUUCUUGACGUUUUAGAGGGUCGACAAUAACUGAAGGCACCAUGUUCAAGAAAAAGAACAGCCAGACCGACACGUCGUCUGCCAAUGGAAAAGUGCUGUCUACGAAGGAGACCAAGAAGAUGGCGGCUCUCACUGAAUUCAAGUCACGGAUUGCAGACUUACUCAAACCAGAAUAUGAUGAUUAUUAUUUAACAAAAUGGCUCAAAGCUCGACAGUUUGAUGUAUCAAAGGCAGAACAAAUGUUUCGUGCAAGUAUGGAGUUCAGAGAAAAGAUGAAUGUUGAUAAACUUCUUGAAGAAUACGAACCACCAGAGGUUCUGCAGAAGUACAUGACAGGCGGGACGUGCGGCCACGACAAGGACGGGUCGCCCGUGCGGAUCGAGCUGUACGGACACCUGGACAUGAAGGGUCUCAUGUACUCGGCGAAAACUGUCGACCUGGAGAAGACCAAACUGCUGCAGUGUGAGAGACACGUGCGCGACUGGAAGCAGCAGAGCCAGAAGCUUGGUCGACGUGUUGACGGUCUCACAGUAAUCUUUGACAUGGAAGGUGUCAGCAGCAGGGUGCUAUGGCGACCAGGAAUUCAGAUGUAUCUUCACCUGGUAACCGUACUGGAAGAUAACUACCCAGAGAUGAUGAAGAAGCUGUUUGUUGUUAACGCACCGAGGAUUUUCCCUGUGUUGUACAAGAUCUGUCGUCCAUUGAUCAGUGAAGACAUGAAAAACAAAAUUCAUGUCUUAGGAGGUAACUUCACGGAGACGCUUUUGAAGUACGUGGAUGAGAACAAUUUGCCAGCUUACCUUGGCGGGAAACUAACUGACCCGGAUGGUAAUCCACGCUGUGUUACCAAGAUCGUCCAAGGAGGUGAAGUACCGCAAAGUUACUACCUCGCGGGCAAGCAAUGUCUAGACAACAUGGAGAGUAAAUCUAUUGGUCGAGGAGACAAGCUGGUGCUCCCGUAUGUGGUGGAAAAACCAGGAAGCAUUAUUAGGUGGGAGUUCAAGACUGACGAGUACGACAUCGGGUUCGGUAUUUUCCUCGUGAAGGACGGCCGGCGGGUCCCCGUGAUGCCCGUGGAGAGGGUCAACAGCCACAUGGUGCCGCAGGACGGCAGCCUCACCUGUGACGACGUCGGGACCUAUGAUCUUUGUUUCGACAACACGUUUAGCUGGGCACGGUCCAAGAAGAUCUUGUUCAACGUGGAAGUUGUCUCCCCUGAUGACGAUCUCAAGUCGGAGAUAGAGAAGUUAAUCGAGGGCGUGGAUAACAUUAACUGGGAGCAAAUCGCCCAAAACAGCGACAAGUUUGAGACGACUCACUUUUGAAGAGAUUACCAGACCACGGUGUUUACGUACUGGUUUCUUCUCAGUCGACGCCCGAUUGAUCACCUGUUAAUAUCUCCUCUUGUUCUGACUGUGAUGAUCUGCAAAUAAUAAUAUAUUUGGCGAUCUGGACCCACAUUACUACAGCAUGGGUGGUUGUGUUUGGGGAGGGGGGGGGGGGGGGGGGAGCACACGUGUCAGAGAUUGGGUGUGGGAGAGACGUGCCUGAACCUUAAAUGGAUAGAGGCACGUUAAUAGAGUUUACGCUACAGCACACGUCAUAGUGACGGCAUAGCUUGCGAUGGUUUUAUGAUUUUUUUUGGCGCUAAAAUAGCUUCGAAAAUCCCCAUCCUGCUUCUUAAAGCAUUUCCAGUAAACAUUUAAAGCCGCAAAAAGGUCUGGUGAUAAAAAAACGACAACAUUAAUAAUAAGAAAAAAACAUUGCAAGGACGAUGAGCUUUCUGAAUUGGGGCCCUGAGCUGUUAGAGCUUGGAUAUGCGUAUGGGUAUUGAUAUGGAUAUGGGUAUGGGUGUGGUUAGGUUGGUACGAGUAGGUUUGCGUUAAUCCCUCUAUAUUUGGACAUUCCGAUUUUAAAAAUGAAAACAAAAUUGAUUUAAAAUGUCCUACAAGGCAUCGAAGGUGAUCUGAAGAAAUAUGCGCGGCACUGGAAUAUACAUCGCAGAGAUUUAAGGUCUUCCUUUGCCAAAUAUUUAUUUAUGUAUGUACACACACUCCAAAGGUGUCACAGAGGGCUCGAUAACUUAAACCGACAGACUCUCGUUUUUAAACAAUACGACAUUUUUUUUCAUUAUUAAAGCCAUUUUUGUAUAAAUUAAAUUUUAUUAAUUACACUAGUAUUAUUUUUACACCCCAAAAUGUAUUUACCAUAAUUUUUUAAAACGCACGUUCGUCUGAGAAGUAAUGGUUAUCGAGACAAGCUCUAGUUAUUUUCAAACAACAUUUCCUUGUAUAAUCAUCACAUGCUUUUGUUUCGCUGUUACUUUAUCCAAAUAUGUUGCAGGUUUUGUAGAUUAACCAUAUUUAGUGUCUGUUUUCACGGUUUCAAACUAGGCACCUUUAACAAUAAAGCAUUAUUAUUUGCACGUGUAUAAAUCAUUUGCAUGUUUUUUUUAUUGUUUAUAUCCACGUACUUUGAUGACUGUAUUGUUCAUACGAUGUGCUGGUAAAUUGUAUGUAUUCGCUAAGGUAGCUAAAUAAUAAAAUUAAGCAUACAUGGCAUCAUGUUUCGUUAUAA